UCCCAUAUUGUUUACUGAUGGUUUACUGUUUACGUGGUUUUUUUCAUCUAGAACCAGAGUCUAGAACUUUGAAUAUGCUUUGAAUAAGAAGACUUCUUAUUCAAAGAUCUAGAAUUAUAAUUUUCUUCAUAGAAAUUGUUCCAGGUUUAAUUCAGAUAAGUACACUAAACCUAGGUAUAUGUAAAAUGUCCUUAGUACCCGAUUAUAGUAGUGAUUCUGAUGAUUCCGAAGAUUCUUCCGAUGUAAAACAAGAAGUAAUUAAAACAGAAGUAAAAGAUGAAUCUGAACAGCCAGUACCAAACCUUAAGUUACCCGUACCUAAUUUUGGUGGCUCAAAACAAGGAAAUGUUGAUGUUAAAGCUUCAGUGUUUACCAAUCCUUUUAUCGAAGCAGAAAAUGCUAAAGAAGCGAUCUUACAAAAGCACGUAAAGAUGGUCAAUACUAAAGAUGCUGUAGUCAUAAAUGGUAAGAAAAUCUGUUGGAAUUAUAGGAAAGGCCGUUGUAGGUUUGGGCACAACUGUAAAUAUGCUCAUGACUCUGACAUACAGAAGACAAAUGAGCAGUUAGAGGCUGAGAAGCAGUCGGCUAGGGCCCAAUCUGUUAUUUGCCAGAGAUCAGCAACUGGACAAAAUUACUUGAAUAAUUCACUCCCGCAACCAACUGAACAAGAUAUAAUGAAAAUAACUGAAGAAGUUGCUGCAGAGCAGAAGAAAAAAAGGAAGAGGCCAGGAUUAACCCAAGGUUUGGUACCAGGCAAAAAAGUCAUGAAACAAUACCUGAAUCAUAAAACUUAAGAGAGGAGCAAUAGUAAUAUGAAAAUAUCCAGUUUUAUAUAUAAAUUAAAACAAAUUACAACUCAUUAUACUUUAUUUAAGUACUUGUGUUUGAAACAAAUACAAAUAAUACAUAUCAGCAUUAUUUAGUGUCCUUUUCUUGAGGUUCAAAGGAAGAACUGAAUUCGCACUUUUUUCUCAAUAAAUAUUUACAUCCACUGCAA